GGAAGAGAAAAUGGUGUGGAUGGUAUUGGAGGAGGAGGAGGAGGAGGAGGAGGAGGAUGUGGAGGAGGAAGAGGAGGAGGAAAAUAAAGAUGAAGAGGAGGAACUCAUCGAUACCAUGGCAGAGGAGCAGCCAGUGGUGGUGGCGGAGUGUAUUGAGAUGAAGGACGCGUACACAGGGAUCGUCGAAUAUUUUAUAGAAGCUGCAGAAGAGGAAUCUUCUGGCCAGGAGGAGUAUGAAUACUAUGAAUCUUCAGACUCUGAAGCCACUGAGUCAUCUGAGAGCCCAGUGGAUGAAGAGAGCUUAAUCUGGCUGCUCUACCUCCUGUAGGAAUGAGACCCCUUGGUGGAGAUUGUGAUGA